GGCUCGAUGGACCCCGAAGGCGAGUGGUCGAGGCCGCUCGCCCGGGGCGCCGACGCCGCUCCCAGAGUGGAGGGGGCGGGGCGCUCGGGUCCCCGGAGGUGGCGCUUUUUGUCUGCCUCUCCCGGCCGCUCCGCCCUCCCUGCCCUCUCCCCUCUCUCCUGCGACCUAGCCCCCUGCCCCUCUCGUUGACGCCUCCUCCGGGGCCCACUGGCGCGCGCGCUCCCGCCCUUGUUUUGUUUGGACUAGGGGGGAGGAGGGGUAGCUCUUCCCAGGUCCAGGGCCCUGCGUCCCAGCGCGCCUGCGCCAGCGUCCUCCCGCUGCGCUCCGAUUGGCUGAGGCCUUGCGCAUGCUCCCGAGGCCCGUGGCGGACCUCGCCGUCGUCCCCGCCUUCCCGUCUCCCCCUCCCCCCCAUUCCCUCAGCGGUUUUCGGAGUGGGUUCGAAAGAUGCCGGCGGCGGUGACUGGCUGCGGCGGGCCCGCCCCCCGGCUUCUCCGCCCCCGCCGCCGCCAUUACGGAGCUCCCAGUGAGGUGGAGGCAGGAGUGCUGAAGUGAGAGCCUCAGAUCUGAAUUUUGAUGCCGACUUGCCACUGUCUGUGACCGAGGACGAGUCACUUAACCCUUUGGGGGGAGUAUUCUCUCCUGCACAGAGGACUGGACAAGUAAACUACACCCAACGUGGAGCUCGAACUGAGGACCCCAAGAUCAAGAGUUGCAUGUUCUACAGACUGAGCCGAUCAGGUUGACUCUUCACCACACUGAAACCAUUAGGAAAAAUCCUUGUGGUUAACAGCAGAGGCUUCAGAGUGUAACCUGUACUCGGGCCUAGAAAUUAUUUUAAAUGGCGACUGAUACGUCUCAAGGUGAACUCGUCCAUCCUAAGGCACUCCCACUUAUAGUAGGAGCUCAGCUGAUCCACGCGGACAAGUUAGGUGAGAAGGUGGAAGAUAGCACCAUGCCGAUUCGUCGAACUGUGAAUUCUACACGAGAAACUCCUCCCAAAAGCAAGCUUGCUGAAGGGGAGGAAGAAAAGCCAGAACCAGAUAUAAGUUCAGAGGAAUCUGUCUCCACUGUAGAAGAACAAGAGAAUGAAACUCCACCUGCUACAUCUAGUGAGACAGAGCAGCCAAAGGGAGAACCUGAGAACGAAGAGAAGGAAGAGAACAAGUCUUCUGAGGAAACCAAAAAGGAUGAGAAAGAUCAGUCUAAAGAAAAGGAGAAGAAAGUGAAAAAAACAAUACCUUCCUGGGCUACCCUUUCUGCCAGCCAGCUAGCCAGGGCCCAGAAACAAACACCGAUGGCUUCCUCCCCACGUCCCAAGAUGGAUGCAAUCCUAACUGAGGCCAUUAAGGCAUGCUUCCAGAAGAGUGGUGCAUCAGUGGUUGCUAUUCGGAAAUACAUUAUCCAUAAGUACCCUUCUCUGGAGCUGGAGAGAAGGGGCUACCUCCUUAAACAAGCACUAAAAAGAGAAUUAAAUAGAGGUGUCAUCAAACAGGUAAAAGGAAAAGGUGCUUCUGGGAGUUUUAUUGUGGUCCAAAAAUCAAGAAAAACACCUCAGAAAUCCAGAAACAGAAAGAAUAGAAGCUCCGCAGUGGAUCCAGAACCACAAGUAAAAUUGGAGGAUAUCCUCCCGUUGGCCUUUACUCGCCUUUGUGAACCUAAAGAAGCUUCCUACAGUCUCAUCAGGAAAUAUGUGUCUCAGUAUUACCCUAAACUUAGAGUGGACAUCAGGCCUCAGCUGUUGAAGAAUGCUCUGCAGAGAGCAGUAGAGAGAGGCCAGUUAGAACAAAUAACUGGCAAAGGUGCUUCUGGGACAUUCCAGCUGAAGAAAUCAGGGGAGAAACCCCUGCUUGGUGGAAGCCUGAUGGAAUAUGCAAUCUUGUCUGCUAUUGCUGCCAUGAAUGAGCCGAAGACCUGCUCUACCACUGCUCUGAAGAAGUAUGUCCUGGAGAACCACCCAGGGACCAAUUCUAACUAUCAAAUGCAUUUGUUGAAGAAGACUCUUCAGAAAUGCGAAAAGAAUGGAUGGAUGGAACAGAUCUCUGGCAAAGGAUUCAGUGGCACCUUCCAGCUCUGUUUUCCCUAUUACCCCAGCCCAGGAGUUCUAUUUCCAAAGAAAGAGCUAGAUGAUUCGAGAGACGAGGAUGAAGAUGAGGAGGACUCUUCAGAAGAAGACUCUGAUGACGAAGAGCCACCACCUAAAAGAAGGUUGCAGAAGAAAACCCCAGCCAAGUCUUCGGUGAAGGCCGCAUCGGUGAAGCAGAGAGGGUCCAAGCCUGCGCCCAAAGUCCCAGCUGCCCAGCGGGGGAAAGCUAGGCCCUUGUCUAAGAAAGCCCCUCCUAAGGCCAAAACUCCUGCCAAGAAAGCCAGACCCUCAUCCUCAGUCAUCAAGAAACCUAGUGGUGGCUCUUCAAAAAAGCCUGCAGCCAGUGUGAGAAAGGAAGUGAAAUUGCCCAGUAAGGGCAAAGCCAACAUGAAGAAGUCUUUCAAAGCAAAAAAGUAAAUUUUAUAGGAAAAAAAGGGUAUCAUGAUAAAAUUCAGAAUCUUAUUUUCUAAGGUCAGUGUGCAUUUGUUUUAGUUUUGAUGCUUUUAAAAUUACAUUUUUUCCCUUCCCUAUGAACAUUGUGGGGAGGGAAUAUAAAUAAACCAAUUUAGGCAUUUGUUCGCUUUAGGUGCUGUUCUUGGUGCCUACCCCUUCCCUCGGUCAUUUUAAUUUCUGCGAUAACUCCGGAUUUUCCUGAACUGUAUAAUCUCCACUUGUCAUUUUUUCUCCCUCUACCCCAACCCUCUUUCUUUUUUUAUUGUCAGCUUUGGCUUUUUUUUUUUUUUUCUUUGUUUCUUCCAGCUUUAUCUAAACACUUGCAAAGAUUUUUAUAUUUGUAGAAAACAUCAAGAAUAGGAUACUGGUCAGGUGCUGGAAGUAAAAAAAAAAGAGGCAGUAUGUAGCACUGACUGAAUGGAAAAGCCUUCUGCCUGGAGACUUCAGUUAUAGCUAUAAUAAUUAAUCUUAUUUAUAAAACCACUCCACUAACCCUUUCUCUCCAACUAUAUAAACACAGAGACAUCUUAGCUUUGGGAACAAGCCAAAAAACAUUGUGACUUCAUUAGAUUCUGCAGACCUAGGACUCCUUUGGGCCACUUUUCACGCUGGCCGAUUUCCAGGUGUUUUUCACUGGCCCAGAGCGUCGCGCUCCCUCAACCACAAGCACAAAUUCCCUCCACCAUUUGGUUUCUGACUGAAGGGAAAUACAGGAAUAUGUUGAGUUUAUGAUUUCUGGUGUCACCUGUGUUACCAAAAACCAAACCAUAUAAAAUCUUGAUCAAAUGUUUAAAUAUAUUUUUUAAUAUUUGGAGCAUGAGUUGUUUCCUGUUUGCCUUUUUUAUAAGGAAAUGUUGGAGAGUUACAUCAUUGCUAAUAUAGAAAUGUUAAGUGGAAAAACAUACAAUUUGCUAAAAUAAACUAAAUUCCAGAUUCAUCUGUGGGUUUUUUUCCCCUCCUUUCUUUCCACAGCACUUUUGAUACCAAGCAAGUGGCUUCUUUUUUUGAGAUAUUUACAAAAAAAAAAAAAAAAAGUAAAUGAAGCCCAACUACCUAACCCUUUCUCAUUUGUAUUUGGUUUAGUAUUGUGAAGUUGUGUUAAAUAGUACUAGCUUUCUACUGGAGAAAUACUGAUUUCCGGUUAUCAUUUAUCCUCCCUGUGGCACUUGACAUUUUAAUUGUCUUAAACUUUUUGGUGUACAUCUUCUGGCCCCUUGAGUACUGCCAGAGGCAAAAGACAUUUGUUUCCUUCAUUCCACUUGCAUUGUCUCCUGGGAUCUCAUCUGCAGCCUAGAGUGUGGCUGGGAAAUGGACUUGAGAAGAUUGGCUUGAAGUAGAUCCAUAAUCAUGUGUGAUCCCAUCAUGAGCUCAUUGGAAUUUGUGUUGCAUGUAAGGCAAUCUUUCCUGUUGUAAAUCUUCCUUUUUUUAUGUACAUAUAUUUUGAAAAAUAUGAAUAAACAUGAAAUUUUAAAGCUGCUGAA